AUGGCUGAAGAAGAUGGUCAGGAGCUUGUCACCAAGCCCUUCAAGUUCGUUACUACCGGCACCGACGCUCGCUUUCCUAACGUGAACCAGACCAAGCACUGCUGGCAGAACUACGUCGACUACCACAAGUGCAUCAUUGCCAAGGGGGAGGACUUUGCUCCUUGCCGUCAGUUUUGGCUGGCUUACCGAAGCUUGUGCCCCUCUGGAUGGUAUCAGCGAUGGGAUGAGCAGCGAGAGGCUUCCAACUUCCCCGUCAAGCUGGACGCGUAA